AUGAAGAAAUUUUACGGGCUCACGGGCCUCAAGCUCAACGUUGCUAUCGCUGUUGUGGCAGGAACUGAUUUCGCGUUAUUCGGCUAUGAUCAGGGUGUUAUGGGAGGACUUCUCACACUACCAUCCUUCCUCGAGCACUUUCCCCAAAUCAACACAGCUAAUCCACCCCCUGGAAGCACCAAAAGCCAUGCAUCCAACAUCCAGGGUAUCACCGUGGGUGGAUAUACCCUCGGGUGCUUCUUCGGCGCUGUUGCAACCAUCUGGCUCGGUAAUCUUCUUGGCCGCAAACGUACCAUCAUGGUCGGAAGUUCGAUUAUGAUUGCUGGCGCGGCUAUCCAGGCUUCUUCCUUCAGUCUCGGGCAGCUUCUUCCUGGACGAUUGAUCACUGGCUUUGGUAACGGCAUGAACACAUCUACGGUCCCAACCUGGCAAGCAGAAACCUCGAAAUCGCAUCGUCGAGGGCAAAUGGUUAUGAUAGAAGGUUCGCUCAUCGUCUUCGGCGUCAUGCUAAGCUACUGGAUCGACCUUGGCUUCUCGUUCUUGGAACCCAGUACCAUUUCUUGGCGUUUUCCCAUCGCUUUUCAAAUAAUUCUUGCUAUAUUUAUCGUCUGUACAAUCCCAGGUCUUCCCGAAUCACCUCGAUGGCUGGUUCUCAAAGGCAAGGAAGACGAAGCGCUAGACGUGCUGUGUGCCCUCAACGAACUACCGCCCGAUGAUAAGAAAGUUCAAAGCGAAUUCCAGGCCGUUAAAGAUACUGUUUUCGAGAUGUCUAAGGGUGGAUUCCGCGACUGCUUUAAGAUGAACAGGAACCGUAAUUUCCAUCGUACGGCCUUAGGGUAUGUUAAUCAGAUGUUCCAGCAGAUCUCGGGGAUUAAUAUCAUCACGUAUUACGCGGCUACAAUCUUCGAACAAAAUAUUGGUCUCUCUGGUUUCCUCAGUCGCUUGCUCGCUGCAUGCAACGGCACCGAGUACUUCAUGGCAUCUUGGAUUGCUAUCUUCACAAUCGAAAGAUUUGGUCGGCGCUCGCUCAUGAUGUUUGGGGCCGCUGGGCAAGCUUUUUCAAUGGCCGUGCUAGCUGGUACUACCAGCCGUGUCAGUCACAGCUUAGGGAUUACCGCCGCCGUAUUCCUUUUCGUAUUCAAUUCCUUCUUCGCCAUCGGAUGGCUAGGAAUGACAUGGUUAUAUCCCGCCGAAAUCACACCACUCAGCAUCCGCGCCCCAGCCAACGCAAUCUCAACCACCGCAAACUGGAUCUUUAACUUCAUGGUCGUAAUGGUCACCCCAGUCGCCUUCGCUAACAUCGGAUACAAGACGUACAUAAUCUUCGCCGUAAUAAAUGCUUUUAUGGUUCCCUCCGUCUACUUUUUCUUCCCAGAAACUGCCUACCGCUCGUUGGAAGAAAUGGACGAGAUUUUCCACAAGACGACGAACCCGUUCAAUGUGGUUAAGAUUGCGUAUGAGAUACCGCACCGCUUUGGCAAGAAUGGAGAGCUGCUGAUCAGCUAUAAUGAGACGGAGGAGGCGCAGAUUUAUGCUGAGAGGAGACGGAGUAGUAUUGCGAGGGAAGAUGUGGCGAAGGCGGCGAUGGAACAUAGAGGUGGUUAA